CAGGGCAACCCAGUUCUGGUGUCUGGCAGUGAAUUAAACAGCCACCAUGUCAAGCAAAAAGGCAAAGACCAAGACUACCAAGAAGCGCCCUCAGCGCGCAACAUCCAAUGUGUUUGCCAUGUUUGACCAGUUACAGAUUCAAGAGUUCAAAGAGGCCUUCAACAUGAUUGAUCAGAAUAGAGAUGGCUUCAUCGACAAGGAAGAUCUGCAUGAUAUGCUUGCUUCUCUUGUGAAGAAUCCAACUGAUUCAUACCUCGAUGCCAUGACGAAUGAGGCCCCAGGCCCCAUCAAUUUUGCCAUGUUCCUUACGAUGUUUGGGGAGAAGCUAAAUGGGACAGAUCCGGAAGAUGUCAUCAGAAAUGCUUUCACUUGCUUUGAUGAAGAAGCAACAGGGGCUGUGGAAGAUCAUUAUUUGAGAGGUGCUCCUUUUCAAAUGAUGCAUUUUAAACUUGAUUCCCACUGA